AGUAUAUUAAAUGUGACCAUAUCAAUACAAGCAUUUGGUUCAUUGGCUAUAUUUGUUUGGAUGUUUAUUGAAGGUUUGUAUUUAUGCCUAAUUGUUUAUUGUGCAUUUUGGAUUGAAAAAAUGAAAUUUUGGCCAUAUGCAUUAUUUGGAUGGGGUUUACCAGCGAUACUCAUUACAAUUCGUACAAUAAUGAAUUAUAUUCGACAUCCAACAGAAUUUUGGCUUUUCUAUGGAACUGAUGUAUAUUUAUUAACGAUACCAUCAUUAAUUCUUUUGGGUUUGAAUGUUAUCUUUCUAAUUAUCAUCUUGUAUGCAUUGAAUAAUAAAUUACGCAAACGUGCUAUCACUACCAGUAUUGAUGCAAAUAAUAUGAAUAGUAAUAAUGAGAAUAAUUGUGAUAUGGAAUUACAAAAAUACAAUCGUCGAAUGUCGACUUAUGCUUUCAUUCAUUCUUAUGAAAAUUAUCCAAUCAUAGGCAAUGAUUCACUUGUACAACAACAACAACCUCUUGAAAACAUGAAAGAUUAUCGAACCGGUCUUAUGUCAUUCACAAAUAAACAACGAACUAAUACUAAUAAUAAUAAUAAUGACUGUUAUUAUUUUAAUCCUAGACAACGUAAAUCCUUAUCAUUUCAUAAAAAACCCGAUUCUAAUUUGAAUGCAAAGGAUACAAUUAACAAAAUAUCUGAAGAAGAAGUAGUAGCAGUACAUCAAGAUACUACUAACAAUGAACAGAACAAUAGUAUUAAUAGUAUAGUUAACAUUGACAAUAAAUCCGGCGUAAAUUGUUUACCUAAAUCACAACCGAAAAGACGAUUUCGAUCGUUACCGAAUACACGAUUAUCAUUGUCCGAUUCAUCGAAUUGUGAUCAACAAUCAUUUUUUCAUAAAACAGGUCGUAGUGCUUCAUAUCGAUCGUCACAACUUAGUGAUAUAUCAAGAUUUGAAUUGUCCGGUACAACACGUGUACGUUUGGCUAAGUUAAUUGGUCGUAUAAGUGGAAGAGAAUUUGUAAAAACAGUUAAAGCCAGUUUAACUUUAAUGCCAUUGCUUGGAAUCCCAGAGAUUAUAUUCAUUACACCUUAUCAUCCAUAUUUAAAACCUGGAUUUGAUAUUAUCAAUGCAUUUCUCACUUCAACUCAAGUAAUAUUUAAUAAUUUUUGCAAUGAAUUAGACCAAUUACGUAUACUUUGUACAUGGAAUAAAUCGGAGAAAACUACUGACCAAUCAAAUUCCAGUGGGGUACUCAUGUUACGUACAGUGUUGAAUGGUGAAUAUCAUUGUUUUGAAUUAAGUCUUUGCGCACAACUUCGUCCAGAUUUGUGUACCCUACGUUUGAAUCAUUCCACAGUUGAUAAUUUCGACUCAUUAUCCUGUUCCUCUGCCUACUCCUCCUCCUUCUCCGCCUCCUCGUCUUUACGCUCGUCCAGCUCUUGCUGCUCACUAUCAAAUAGUAGUAGUGUAACAGGAGAGAAAAAUGACCGAGAUCGAUUAACUUAUCUAAGUAUUAAUUUAAUUAAAAUGUCAACUAUAAAAUCAUCAUCUUCAACCAGCUGUUUGUUGACUCCAGUCAGUAGUAGUAGUAUUAUUAGUAGUAGUGGUAGUAGUAGUACAUUACUACCACCAAAUAUUGAUAGUUUAAAAUUAGCCGAGAAAUCAACAAAAUCUACAUUUCGUACAAUUGGUAUUGUACUUCGUGAUGUUUGUAUUGGUUUGGAUGUUGAAAAUAGUACAAUUUCUAAUGAACAAUUUUUCACUUGUCAAAUACUUCAAUCUUAUCGGCGGAAUACAAGUUGUUAUCGAUUAAUGCAUAUUCAAUGGCCUGAAUCACAAGUGAACAUUCGUGUACCAAUUGGUUUUUAUGUGAAUGUUCGUUUAAAAACUGAUCAAGGUAAUUAUGUCAUUCGACCAUAUACACCGAUCAUAUGCAAUGAUUUCACUUCCGCAUCCAUUAUGAAUACACAUGAUGCACAGAAUAAUGUAAAUAAAUUUUAUUUAUUAAUUAAAAUUUAUCCAAAUGGUGAAUUCUCGCAACUUGUUAAUCAUUGUUGUGCAAACGAUACAAUUGAAGUGAGUUUACCAAUUGGUAAUUUCAAUAAUAAUUUAAUCAAACAAAUAAUUCAUCGUGACACUCAUAAUAAUAAUAAUAAUAACAUUGGUCAAUUUGAUGAUGCCUCCACCUUAUCACAUAUAAUCAUGUUAGCCGGCGGUAGUGGAAUUACGCCGAUGCUACAAAUUAUCCAAUCAUUAUUUCUGAAUAAUCAUCAAAAUUUACAAACAUUCAAAGUGUAUUUGUUACAUUUCAAUCGUUGUCAAUAUGAUCAAAUAUUAAUUUCUUAUUUCGAUGCAUUGCAUAAUACAUUUCCAAAUCGAUUUUCAAUUACUCAUGUUCUCUCGGAACCAUUAUGUCUAACUGAUGGAGUGGAUGCUAAUGAUGACGACAAUAGUAGUAGUAGUAAUCAUUUGUUAUAUGGACAUUUAACCGAUGAAUUAUGUCGUCAAUGUUUCAACAAUGAAAUUAUUGAUCAAUUUCAAUCACAAACAUACUGUUUCAUAUGUGGUCCAUCUGGUUUUAAUGAGACAGCUGUCAAAUUAACAAAUCAAUGGUCUAUACCUAAAGAACAUGUACAUGUAUUUAAAGGAUAAAUUUUUUUAAGAAAGCAUUCCAUUGCAUAAUAAAAUGAUCUUAUAUGUAGUAUACAACACUUUGCCCCCUAUACACAAAUCUACUGAUUUCACCUUAAUGACUUAUACUACUACUACUACUACUACU